AUGAGGAUACUGAUACUGGCAUCCAUGGGGCUCCUGGUGCUGGUCCUGCUCUGGGCACAGGCAGGAGUGACCUCAGGCAAAAUUGCAGACUCACAGGAUGGACAGGAGGCAGCAUCCUGCAUGGCUGCCUGCGCGGGGACAGUGGGGCCAUACCUCCCUGUGGGCACCAGACACACCUACCAAUUCUCCUGCAACACCAGCACCAGCUUGCAGGGGGCACCGCUGGAAGCCGGUCUGAGCCUCCAGGGCUUGGCCAUCCUUGAAGUGCUAGGCCCUUGCCAGAUGGCCUUGUGGCUUCAAGACUUUCAGGUGAUGUCUGUUCCUGGGUCCCAGGUGGAAGUUCUGAAGGAGUCGGAAUGUCUGAGUGCUGCUCUGGGCCACACUCCUCUUGGCUUCAUCCUCAGUGCUGGGCAAGCCGUCCACUUGUGUCCCCACCACUCUGAGCCACGCUGGGCCUUGAAUGUGAAGUGAUCAGUUCUGAGCCUUGUUGGAGGUGGGCCAGGGGAGUGACUACUCUAUGGAACAUCUCAGGUAGACAUUCUGGGCCGGUGUCCCACCACAUACAAGAGUCAAGGGGCUCAGCUGCUCAAGACCAAGGACUUGGCGACGUGCUCCCUGAAGAGUGCUCACUCCUCCCUGUACACUCUGUCACUGCCUGGGAUGAUAAUCUGCUAUGUCAAUGCCCAGACCACAGAGAUAUUCCUGGUUCUGGUGUCUGAGCUCCAAGGCCUUUCUGUGGAUGAGUUGACAGAAGUCUGGAGAUGCUCGUCUUUGAGAUGCCAAGAUGAUUGGCACCCGCUAGUAGAUACUCUGUCCUCCUGCGGUACUCAGAACUGUGUGGACCCCAUGAAGAAGCUCACCCUGGCUAGGGAGGUAGAGGCAGACCAGGCCGAGGCCUGGCUGUGGUCGCUGGCCUUUAUCCUAAAGCCUGCAGACACCAUGGUGCACACACUGCUUCCACUGCUGCAGUCUCCAGAGGCCAGCCCAGGAGCCUUCCUUGGCAUCUCAGCUCUGGCACACAGCCUCUGUGCUGCUCUGGAUGGGCACUGCCAACAGCUACCUGGAGUUGGCUCACUUGUGAGGACUCUGGGAGAGGCUUCGGGUGUGAACUGCAGCUUCCCAUCAUCCUUGGACAAGUGGGAGCUUGUGCUGAAGGCCAUUGGCAACGCAGGUCUGGCAGCCACAGCCCUCACCCCUGUGCUGAGCACCUACGCAUCCCUGAGGGGCACCUCUCCAGAGACCCGGCUGGCGGCUAUCCAGGCCUUCCAGAGGAUGCUUGCUCUGCAGAUUCAGGGAUCAGUUCUUUUCUGCCUGUACCAAGUCCCCGAGGAGGACACAGAGCUCUGUAUCAAUGCCUACCUGGCUCUGAAGUGCCCCAGUGAGGACGUCUUUGCCCAGGUGCGGCACACACAGUCAACCAAGUGGUCCACCCAGGUGGGCUCCUUUGUGCAGAGCCACAUCCUGAAGCUGCUGGAGACGGAUGACACCUUGAAACUUGACCUUCAGGACACCUUCCCUGAGGACAUUUUCAGUCAGCAGUUCCAGACAGAGACCUGGAAAUAUUCGUCUUAUUCUGAUCUUACUUUCUGUUCAACAUUUGGCAGCCUGGGAGCCAACCUGGAGAGAACCUUCCUCUUCUCUCCCAACUCUUCCCUCCCCUGUUCUGCCAUAGUGAACCUCAUCUCCUACACUGCUGGCCAGGUAGCCCAGCAGUACAGGGCAAGACAGGCACCAAGCUGCCAGCUGAGUGUAGUGUUCGGUCAUGAUCUGAGCUUCAUCACUUGUGGGCCUCUGAGUGGCCACAGGAGACACUGGUCUCUGCACCUGGCUGAACUUGCCACCAAGCUUCUCAAGGGGCAGGAGGUGCAGGUGACCCGGAGGCUGAACCUGGCUUUGGGGAAGGUCUUCUUUCCCACGGUGUCUGGCAUUCCAGCCAGGCUCAGCCUACAAGCCUUGGCUACAGUCAGGAGUAUCCAAGGAGUGGCUGACUUCCAGCAACUCUUGGAUUUCUCCCUGAGGGGUUACAUCAAGCCCAGUGCCCUCCUGUAGGUCUUGGCUCAGAUGGGCACUGCAGGGAUCCUGGGGUAGGCUGGGCUGAGAUGGUUGACCCGUGUCCAUGUCACCGCUGGCUUAGAUGGCAGUAUCCAAGCUAGAAAGGGUCAGGACCUCAAAGCGCAUCUGAAUGCCCCAGAGGAUUCAGUGGAGCUACUCAGCUUCAGCCCCAGGCUGUAUCUUGUCACUGGGGACACUGUGAAGAACUUAAGUGACAGUCACACCUUCUCUGAGUCCCAGUCCUGUACCAGUGAUGAAGGGUCCCAGACCUGGGGCUGGCAGCUGUGUACUAGCAUGGCCUGGCCAGGGCCUGGUCAGCCCUCUCUGCUCUCAGUGCCUGUGUUCAUGGGUUUGAUUCUGAAGAAGCAGGACCCAGGACUUCAGCUGCAUGUGCUAGAAGCUGCCUACACCCUCCACUUCCAGAGGGAGAGCUGGCUCCCUGAAGAAGCCACAACCCACCUCUUCAUGGGUACCCCCAAGUCAGAAGUGGCCAGAGAUGUUGGGGUGGACAUCAGCUACAUCGUGCCCCAGAGGAAGUGCUGGUUCAAGCUGCUGCAUUCCCCCCCCCCCAAAAAAAUUCAGCUGGACGGUAAGAUGGAGGUUCUCAAGAGUGCACGAGUGGGCCAUCUGGAGCUGGCACUUGACAACAGGGAUGUAUAUUACAUCAAGCACAGCAUCCAGGGAGUCCACCUGGUUUCCAGGGUCUUCCUAGUGACUCCCGGAAUAGUCUGGAAACAAGGCCCAAGCAACCGCUGCGGCUCAGGUGGAGGCAAAGCUGGUGACAGCAGUCCAGCAGGCAGGCCUAUUGUCUUUGAUGAGAACAUAACGUGGCAGGCAGGCAGCAGGCUGGACUUCUCUGCACCUCCGAGCAGCAUUCGAAAUGACCAGGUUCAUGUCCAGCUGUAGUACAAACAGGCCCUGGACCACCUGCGCUGGCAGCUGGAGGCCAGCUAUGGGACGUGGGCUGAGAGUGGUAACAAGAGAUGCUUGUGCAUCAGCCAGAGCUUCAGGAAUGACUCAGGACCAACACAACUGCUGAACCAACACAACUGCUUCCUGGAGGUCCCUGAGAGGCAGGUAGCCGGCCUCACACAGCUGUACCACUUGAGUCUCCGGCAGCCCCAUGAAAACAGCACAUACCUGAAGGGGCUAGUCAAUGGUCAUCUGCCUUUCAUGGUGGGAUUGCACUGGAAGGACACCUCCAGGGUCUCCUGUGGAGAUAAGGAGCUCCAGUGCUCUAAGGAUGAGACCAAAAGCAGCUUUGCCCUAGAGGUGGGGGAGCACCAUUUCCAUGUGAGCACCAACCUGCAGGCUGCUACGGACAGCCUAGCCAGUAUCGUCCAGAUGCAACAGACCUUCUCCCAGCUCAGGACACUUCCCAUGGAGCUGGUCCCAAGGACCGUGAGCCAGAAAGCACAAGGCACCCACAUCCUGUACCAGGUGGUGCUGUGGGAUGGCAAAGAGGUGGCCCUCAAUGGGAGCCUCUCUAGAUCUCUCUCAGAGCUCUUGGGGACCACCCGGAGUCCUCAGGUCAUAAGAUGGCCCAAGGCCCAGCUCUCAGUGAAGACAGGCAGAGAUAGGAACCCCCACGUCAGCAAAAUCACAGAGAGGGAGAAGAUGAAGGCAGCCACAAUCUUGCCAGAGUCUCCUCACAGAGGUGGUGACAGUCUCUCCUCUGCUUGCCCCUCAUGCGGGUUCAGCAAUCCUGAGACUCUGAAGAUCACCUGGGCUGAUAGGUCCUCUAUGCACCGCGUAGCCUGGGAUGGCUGCUUAGCCGCCUCCCUAGGUCAGCUCCAAGGACCCUGGAGCCUGGGCCCACUGCAGGCCUGUGGGGCCUUGGCUCAGACCUUGGUCAUGUUCAGUGAGCAGUUUGAUCUCUCCUGGGGCCAACACUGGCUGUAGCAGAAUGUGACUAAUGAGCACAGUCUGGACCAGGGUGCACACCUGCUGCAUUCUCAAUAUCAGCUGGGUCGUGCUCUGGACCCCAACCAGAGCCUGCAUGUUAGCCUAACCCUCCACAACCACAGCCAACCUAAUGCACCGGACCUCUCUGGGCAGCUGGAGGUAUACCUCCAAUUUCUCCGGUUUCCAUGCCAGAAGCCCCACUGCCUGGCUCCAAGGCCCAGGGAUCAGCAGCUCAGCUUGCUGGACCACAUCUCUACCUCAGCUUCCAAAAGCCUGGUCCAGCUGGAAGGAAGGAUGGAGUCGGAGAAACCAAGACUGUUGGUGUCCCGGGCCCUGCGCUGUCUCGGACACCUAGAAGAGAGUGUGACACUACGGCACCCACAGGAGAGCCAUGGAGGUGGCGCCACCCACCCAGCCACUGGGGGUCGCCUGACCCUAGGAGGUCAGAACCUCCUCCUAGUUGCACAAGGUUGUCAGGUGGCCCUGCUGAGCCAUUUGGAGUCCAGGAUGACAGCAAUUGGCUCCCAGGUGCAGGUCCAGCUGGAAGAGAAGCUCAGACACCAUACAUUGAACUACUCCUUGAAGGUAAGGCUGCCACUCCUUCCUGUGGGGGAUGGGCCCCUGGAUGCAGCCAGUUACCUGGUGGAGGAGAAAUUCCUGCGGCCACUCUGUAGGCUGUGUGAGCCCAGUGUGCUAGCCAAGUUCUAGGAGUUCCAGUACCGCCUGCUGAGGAGCCCCUUCAAAUAUCAUGCUGUGGUGGCCAGCGCCAGGUACAUGGUGACCUUUGAUGGGCAGGUGUGGGGCCUGGGUCCCUGCUGUGGCAGCUUCCUGCUAGCCAAGGACUUCUCACACACAAGCUCAGGGCUCACAGCCCUUCAUGUAGAGCUGAACCACGGGCCCCUUGUUCUGUAGCCCAUUCUGAAGGCUUACAAGCUGUAUGACUCUGCCUGGCCUUGGGACAGCUGCUGGGAUUUAGACCCGUCUCCUGCUCUGCUGAGCACUGGGUCCAGGGUUGAGCUGAGCAGCGAGGAUGGUGUGUCUGUCUCCUGUGACGUGCCAGCCAGCCUCUGCAGCCUGACGCUGGGUGUGUGGCACCACGAUGGGUUGGGGCUUGGAAUUUCUGCUGGCCUUCUGGGUACCAACAAUAAUGAGACAGACGAUGAACUACUGCUGCCAGAUGGCCCAGAAGCUGCCAGCCUGGAGGAGCUCACCCGGGCCUGGCAGUUUAAGAUUUGCCCAAGCCAACACAAGGCUGCCAAAAGACGUCAAGCUUCACCUUCCGCCCCGAUCCUGGCUCCUGGGCGAGGUCAAGGUUCUUGGCUGGAAGAGAACCAUCAGUGCAGAAUGCCAGAAAACCCGAGAGAGAAACAAGCCUUGCUGCCAAGCACAGAAAGGAAGAGAUGA